UUUCCGCGGGGGCCUAGAGGGUGUGAGGGAGGAGCGGAGCUGGGGAAGAGGGAGCGCGACCAGCCCCCGGGCCCCGCCCCAGCCCCAGCCCGGCCCUGCCCCGCCUGGCCAACCCUCCCCUGCCGGCGCGGCGACCCCGCCCCGAGCGCCCAGCAUGAAAGAGCAGAGCCUGGAUGAAGAGAUGGUGGAAGAGGAUAUGGAAACCCCGGUGGAGGAGCUGCCGCCACACCUGCGGGAAGAUCCCCCUGAAGAUUUGAAAAAAGCCCCCGGGCAGCUGGAAGAGCAAGGAGGGGUGAUCUGGAGAAUGACCGGUGGCCUCUUCAGCAUCACCAAGGGCGCUGUGGGGGCCACUCUAGGAGGCGUCGCCUGGGUGGGGAGCAAGAGUUUGGCGUUCACCAAGACAGCCGUGACCACAGUGCCCACCGCCGGCAUGGGGCUGGUGAAGGGCAGCGUGUCAGCCGUGAGCAGUGGCGUAGGAGCCGUGGGCUCCGCCGUGGCCGGGAAGGUCCCUUUCACUACCAGGAAGAAGGAUAAGGCCGAUUAACUCAGGGUGGAAGAGCCCUCCGUGGCUGAAGGCCAUGGCCAGCUCCUCAUCUGUCCCCAGGACUCCCUUUCAUCUGACAGAUGGGCCCAGUUCUCAUCUGGCCCGUCCACUGCUCCCCAGCCCACAGCUAGAAGCAGUUUCCUCUGUUCCCCCUCCCCCUCCACCACCUAGGCCUGCUAGGCUCAGGCCAGACCUUGGCCACAGCUUUUCAUGGUGUCAUCCCCAGCCCAAAGCUCCAUCUCUUAAACUGGGCAAAGAAGAUGGUUCCCAGGGCCUAGGGAGAUAUGGGGACCAGGGGGACUGGAGUCCUGACACAGAGCAGGGUCAGCUGGAAAAGUAGCCCACAGAACCACAGCUAGCCAGAGCCCGGGGCUUCUUCUGCCCACUUGGCUUAAACCUCACUGUUCUUGCCCCCAACCAAGGCCAAAGCUUCCUUCUCCUUCAGCAUGGGUAGGACCAAGUUCUCUCCCAAUUCUCCCUAGCACCCACCUGUGGACUCAGGAGACCUUGGACAUCAUCUAAUCCUCAUUUGGAUAGAUGGGGAAACUGAGUCUUAUCAACCCCUCAGGGUGACCUUUAAUGGGACACAGGGAAUGGGAGCAUCAAACAUGGAUGGGCUAGGGUCUGAACUGAGCCCAAUAACAGUUGGUCCAACGGGUGACCACGUCUGAAAAACAACCCAUAGAAUGUCAGUUCCCUAAGGGCAGGGACUUCCUCGAUUUUGUCCUUGUGUCUUUCAUGCCUAUCAUAUAGUAGGCACCUGGGAAAUGAUUUUGGAUGGAAUGGAUGGAAUUAGUGGCACAGCCAGGGCCAGAACCCAAGUGUCCUACCUCCCAGGCCAGUGCCCCUCCUGCCACGCCACAGCAGCUGUGCUCGUCUUUGCCUGCUGCCCGACUUGGAGCCAAGCACGUUGCAGUGACCCCGUAGUCUGCAUGCCUCCAGAUUCCAUGGUUUCUUUAAUCACAGGGACAGGGGGUUCUCCCUUACCCUUGAGUCCUGGAAUGUGGCAUUCCCUCCUCUGAAUACAAAGGAACAAGGUCCAAAAUAUGGCCCCCAGGUUCCCAGAAAUGUCCAUUUUUUGGAUGGUGGAAUGAGAGGCCAGGGUUGGGGAGGGGGUAGAAGGCUUACCCUUUCUGCCAGGUCAGGACCAGCCACAUUGAAGAUGAGAGUCCCUAGUCACUAGAGGCCAAUAGAAAUGACCUCCUCAUGGCUAUCUUUAUCCUGCCUCUUCUGGCUCAUCUUGGACCAAUGGAUAGGCCCAGAAGGAAUUCAGGCAUUUAUCUGGUGACCUAUGGAGAGCUGGGGAGGAGGGAAGAGGAACAGCUGAGCUUGACACCUGAACCACCCUAAUUCUCCCCCCAUGACAUCACACAGGAUUAUCACCCCUCAGAGCCAACCCCACGACCUGGGCAACAUGAGAUUCUCCCAGCCUCCUGCCCAGAGAUGGUCCCACCAACCAAGUCACAUAGAAUCCCAGAGCUGUAAGAACCUCAGAUGUCAACCAGUCCUACCCAUGUCUGAACCAGAACCCCUCCCCAAGUUAGUCCUGUCUCUGCAUCUUUUCACACAUGAAGCUCUAAUGUAAGAGUUUAAGCUUGCAGGAGAAAAGAGCUGCCCACCUAUGGUGGGACCUAGCUCAGGUGAGAAGCCUUCUCUGGAGCUGGCUAACAGCCUUCUUCUUGUCCCUUCGGGUUCUCCAAAGCACUCAGAGGAACAGAUGAAAGGCCUGACCCCAAGGGGAUUUGCUCUUCCGCCCACCCCAGCCCAGAAAGGGGGGCAGUGAUGGGGAUUCUGGGAAAUAUCCCAUGGCCUUGUGUUAGGGUGGGGUGGGAAGCAUCCAUGUAAUUUUAAAAACAAUAAAGUUUGAAGCUGAGGAUCCUU